AAGCUCUCUUUGGAUUAAGCAGUGUGAGCUUUGGAGAAAAUGUAAAGGGGAGAAAGCUUCCCUGGGGGUACUCGGUCUGACAAGUGGUGGGGCUGGAGCCACCAAAUUCCUCUUUCUCUUGUCUUUUCCAUUUGAAAAAAAAAAGAAAACCAAACCAAAAAACAAAAGUCAUCUCAUCCUGGUUUUCUGCUGCAGCUGAUCCGGCAUGGUAAGUGGUGUAAAACAAGGACAAGAUGACUGCAGGAACUUGAUGUGACCUGUUCAAGGAAAUAAUAGCUUGGCACACUGAAAUCCAGGUGGUGCAUGGAAGGCAGUGUGUGUCUGAGUGUCUGUCCGUCUGUCUGUCUCUCUGUGGAAGGCAGCUGCUCGUGCCUCUUGCCCGGUGGAAUGGAAGGAAAUAGUCCUCCAGCUUGGGAAGAGCCAGGCAAGCCCCUGCUGGGAGAUGCGCUGGGAGCACUGCCACCUCCCCUUUCCCCAGCUGGAGACCUUACUACCCAAACAUCUCACCUAAACGUGUGAUUUUCCCCCGCUGACUGAAAGGAGAAGUGUGUUCAAAGCAUUUCUUGUAACCCAGGUGAGAUUGAGGCACUUGGGUCACCUAACCUAGCCGGGAGGCACAGCUCCAGUGACGCACGCUGCCCGCCACUCCGGCAGCCCUGCCUGCAUCCGGCACGGUGCGCCGGCGCUCCCGCCUGUGCUGAGCAUGCUCGAGAAAUGAUGGCAUUGUGCGUGCCUGCCUCGGUGCUGGUCUUCCUCAUUAACGGCCUGCUCAUUAACACCCUGAUCCCCUUCCUGCCUGUGUGUAGGCAGUAGCGGUGCCUCCUUGGGGGUGACCUUGAAAUCUGGUUAGCGAUGAGCAGAGCGAAACCCUCUGGGAGCAGAUGUUGCCGGGAGGCAUCUCGCUGCUCUGUGGCGGAUAGCGCUGCCCUUGAUGCAGCUUGUUGGGAAGGUGCUUUUUGGUGAAGAAGGUAGCAGGUGAAGAGGCUGUGGUGGGCGGUCUCCCUCUGUCAUCCGAGGGGUGCACGUGACAGGAGAUCUCAAACCAUGCAGCUCAACUGCUCCCCAGUGUCUGAUGCCCCCCAUUCCUCUCCCUGCCCCUCCCUCCUCUCACCAGACUUUCCACCGGGAUUUCUUUUCCACCUAGCGCGUAGUCGUCCUCCAUCCCAACCCUUUUGCCUCUGAUGGUUUUUGACUGUAUUUUAAAUACUGUAUUUUUUUGACUUGUGCUUUCCAUGACUAGUUCUCACAGUUCCAGGUUUGUUUUUUUUUUUACUAACUUUGACUGCGUCUCUCUGUCUUCUCCCUUUCUGCACCCCCUUCCCUACCCACCCCAGAUCUCGCAGUGUUCAAGGAGCGGCUGAGAGUGUUAACAGUAGGAGGCUUUUACGGGCUGGAUGAGUCUGACCUCGACAAGGUCUUCCACUUGCCCACAACCACUUUCAUUGGUGGAAACGAAUCGGCUCUUCCGCUCCGUGAGAUCAUCCGUCGGCUGGAGGUUGACCUUGGGAGAAGCAAAGCUGCACCGACAUCUUAGACAAGCUAUGGCGUACUGCCAGCACAUCGGUGUAGAGUUCAUGUUUAUCAACGACCUGGAGCAGUGCCAGUGGAUCCGGCAGAAGUUUGAGACUCCGGGCAUCAUGCAGUUUACCAAUGAAGAGAAACGCACGCUGCUGGCCAGGCUGGUCCGCUCUACCAGGUUUGAGGAGUUCCUUCAUCGGAAAUGGUCUUCAGAGAAGCGUUUUGGUCUGGAGGGCUGUGAAGUGCUGAUCCCAGCCUUAAAGACCAUUAUUGAUAAGUCAAGCGAGAAGGGAGUGGAUUAUGUUAUCAUGGGAAUGCCCCACAGGGGACGCCUCAAUGUUCUUGCCAACGUGAUCAGGAAAGAGCUGGAGCAGAUCUUCUGCCAGUUUGACUCCAAGCUGGAGGCUGCUGAUGAGGGCUCCGGUGAUGUGAAGUACCAUCUGGGAAUGUACCACCGGCGGAUUAACCGUGUCACUGACAGGAAUAUCACCCUUUCCUUGGUGGCAAAUCCUUCGCACUUGGAGGCAGCUGAUCCCGUUGUUCAGGGCAAGACUAAAGCAGAGCAGUUUUACUGCGGGGACACGGAAGGGAAGAAGGUGAUGUCCAUCCUCCUGCACGGAGACGCCGCUUUCGCUGGGCAGGGCAUCGUGUAUGAGACAUUCCACUUGAGCGACCUUCCCUCCUACACCACCCACGGCACUGUUCACGUUGUGGUGAACAACCAGAUUGGGUUCACAACAGACCCCCGGAUGGCCCGCUCCUCCCCAUACCCAACCGAUGUCGCCCGUGUGGUGAACGCACCCAUUUUCCACGUCAAUGCAGACGACCCAGAGGCCGUCGUCUACGUGUGCAAUGUGGCAGCAGAGUGGCGUAGCACCUUCCAUAAGGACGUGGUGGUGGAUUUGGUUUGUUACAGACGCAAUGGCCACAACGAGAUGGACGAACCCAUGUUCACGCAGCCCCUGAUGUACAAACAGAUCCGGAAACAGAAGCCAGUGCUGCAGAAAUAUGCAGAGCUGCUGAUUUCCCAGGGGGUGGUAAAUCAGCUGGAGUACGAGGAGGAAAUCGCCAAGUAUGACAAGAUCUGCGAGGAGGCCCAUGCGAGAUCCAAGGAUGAAAAGAUCUUGCACAUCAAGCACUGGCUGGACUCACCCUGGCCUGGUUUCUUCACUCUGGAUGGCCAACCCCGGAGCAUGACCUGCCCUUCCACUGGUCUGAACGAAGAGGACUUGACGCACAUUGGUCAGGUGGCCAGCUCAGUGCCAGUGGAGGAUUUCACUAUCCACGGAGGUUUGAGCCGUAUCCUGAAAACCCGUGGGGAGAUGGUGAAGAACCGGACAGUGGACUGGGCCCUGGCAGAGUACAUGGCGUUUGGUUCCCUGCUCAAAGAGGGCAUCCACAUCCGCCUGAGUGGCCAGGACGUUGAGAGGGGGACGUUUAGCCAUCGCCACCAUGUCCUGCAUGACCAGAAUGUGGACAAGAGGACCUGUAUCCCCAUGAACCACCUGUGGCCCAACCAGGCUCCUUACACUGUCUGCAACAGCUCUCUGUCGGAGUACGGCGUCCUCGGAUUUGAGCUGGGCUUUGCCAUGGCCAGCCCCAACGCCCUGGUGCUUUGGGAAGCCCAGUUUGGGGACUUCCACAACACCGCCCAGUGCAUAAUUGACCAGUUCAUCUGUCCCGGGCAGGCCAAGUGGGUGAGGCAGAACGGCAUUGUCCUGCUGCUUCCCCAUGGCAUGGAGGGCAUGGGUCCUGAGCACUCCUCCGCCCGCCCAGAGCGAUUUUUGCAGAUGUGCAAUGACGAUCCUGACGUCUUCCCUAAACUGGACGACUUUGAUGUGCGUCAGCUCUAUGACUGCAACUGGAUUGUUGUGAACUGCUCCACUCCGGCCAACUUCUUCCACGUCCUCCGGCGCCAGAUCCUCCUGCCCUUCCGCAAACCGCUGAUAAUUUUCACUCCAAAGUCGCUGCUGCGCCACCCCGAAGCCCGCUCCAGCUUUGACGACAUGCUGCCAGGCACCCACUUCCUCCGUGUCAUCCCCGACAGCGGCCCUGCGGCCCAGAGUCCUGAGCGGGUGAAGCGAGUGCUGUUCUGCACUGGCAAGGUCUACUACGACCUGACCCGUGAGCGCAAGGCCCGGCAGAUGGAGGCCGACGUGGCAAUCACCAGGGUGGAGCAGCUCUCCCCGUUCCCCUUCGACCUCCUCCAGUUGGAAGCCCAGAAGUACCCAGCUGCCGAGCUGGUGUGGUGCCAGGAGGAGCACAAGAACCAGGGCUACUACGACUACGUCAAACCCCGGCUGCGCACUACCAUCAACCGCGCCAAGCCCGUCUGGUAUGCAGGGCGGGAGCCAGCGGCUGCCCCUGCCACCGGCAACAAGAAAACCCACCUGACGGAGCUGCAGCGGCUCCUUGACACAGCCUUCAACCUCGACGCCUUCAAGGACCUGGCCUAAGUGCCAGCCCGGCGGCGGCAGCAGCAUGCGCCCGUCUGUGUCUGUCCGUGUCUGUCCCGCGCUCGCCUCCCCCUUCCCUCCGUAACUACAGACCUUGUCCAACCCUA